AUGGGUCUCGUCACAUUGAAAAACCUCCUCUUCGGCCGCACGCCGCCCCCGACGCGCGCCAAAACCGUCAACGGCCGCGCCGAGAGCACAAUGUCGGAUGAGACUAUCGUCGACAGCGGCGACCUCGAGAGGCAACCCCUGCUGCGGUCCAGCGACCGGACCGUCUCGACAGCGACCAUGGCGACGGCGACGUCAGAAACGUCCACCACAUCCACGAGAGUCUCGGAGAGCGACUCGCGCAGCUUCCGCCUCGACGCUCGCAUGAUUUCCGACGCCACUAUUGGACUGUCUGACGGCUUGACGGUGCCGUUUGCCCUCACGGCCGGUCUAUCAGCGCUGGGACAGACAAAGGUUGUCAUCUUUGGCGGUAUGGCGGAGUUGAUUGCCGGUGCUAUUUCAAUGGGUCUCGGUGGCUACCUUGGAGCCAAGAGCGAAGCUGCAUCCUACAAGGAAACCCGUAGCGAAUGCACCCGCCUGACCCAAGACGACCCGGCCAUGGCCCGCGCCCAGGUCCUCGAGGUUCUCGAACCUUACGACCUCCCCAAACAGACCCUCGAAGAUGUAACAGACCACCUCUCAACUUCGCCCCGGCUCAUCGACUUCCUCAUGCAAUUCCACCACUGCGAGCAGGAACCGGCCUCCAACCGCGCCUUCAUCUCCGCCCUCACCAUCGCCGCCGGCUACCUCCUCGGCGGUCUCAUCCCGCUGUUCCCCUACUUCUUCGUCCCAGCCGAGGACGUCUACCUGGCGCUCUACAUCUCCGUCGCUGUCAUGGCCGUCGCGCUGUUCGCUUUUGGCUACGUCAAGACGUGUAUCGUCUCGGGUUGGUCCGGUUUGCGGUGCGUGAGGCAGGCUGUUGUCGGCGGGUUGGAGAUGGUUGUCGUCGGUGGUGCGGCGGCGGGUGCGGCAAUGGGGUUGGUGAAAGCUUUUGAUCAGCUGGCGCAGUCUGAUGAUGUGUCUGCGUUGGCGAGCAAGAUUUUCUAA